GCUCCCCCCGGCCCCCACCCGCCCGAUGCAGAGGUUCCGGUGCCGCCCGCCAUAGCCCCUCACUGUCGCCGCCACCGCCGCCAUUCGCAGCAGGGGCUGCCCCGCAGGGCACGGGGGACAGAACCAGCUCUGGCAAGACAGAAAAGCAUCCAGAGGGUGAUUUCCCAGCUUUAAAAACCAUGGAAAAUCCCAAUUAUCCCAACAUUCCUGCACCACUCCUCCUUUUCCCUCAAUUUUCCUGUGAUUUCCCCUCAAUUUUCCCAUGAUUUUCCACACCUUUAAAGCCUCAAAUCCCAUUUUUUAGUAGGUUUGCUUUUUUGGGUUUUUUUUUUUUUUUUUUUGGGAUAACACCUGCUCCAAACUUUCUUGGCUCAGCCAGGAAUUUUUUUUCCAGCCUGCAUGGACAGAGCAACCUUUGCCUGUUCCACGGCUUUUUUCCGGGAUUUUGGGAAUUCUGCUCCAGGUGCUCUUCCCGGGGGCCACGUGGAUUUUAUUGACAAAGCUGAUUCCUUCACUUAUUCGGAUUUUUUUCGGGAUUAUCUCAUUCCCAACCAUCCCUGCAUUUUCUCAGCCAAGUUCACCGAGGAUUGGGGCAGCAGGAAAACCUGGGUGACACGGGAUGGGAAACCCAAUUUUGAGCAUCUCCUGCAGAAGUUUGGAGAAGCCGUGGUGCCCGUUGCCAACUGUGAUGUCAAGGAAUACAAUUCCAACCCCAAGGAGCAGCUGCCCUUCAAGGAAUUUGUGGAAUAUUGGCGGGAAUACAUCAGGAACGGCUAUCGCUCCUCCCGCGGCUGCCUCUACCUCAAGGACUGGCACCUGAGCAGAGCUUUCCCAGAGCAGGAUGUUUACACCACUCCCGUGUAUUUUUCCUCGGAUUGGCUCAAUGAAUAUUGGGAUGCCGUGGCCGUGGAUGAUUUUCGGUUUGUCUACAUGGGACCCAAGGGAUCCUGGACUCCGUUCCACGCCGACGUCUUCCGCUCUUACAGCUGGUCGGCCAACGUGUGCGGCAGGAAGAAAUGGCUCCUGUAUCCCGCAGGACAGGAGGAAUUCCUCAAGGAUUGCCACGGGAAUCUCCCUUUUGAUGUGACAGCUCCGGAUCUUCGGGAUAAGAGGGUUUAUCCGCGCUACAGCCAGAGCCAACCCCCUCUGGAAAUUAUCCAGGAAGCCGGAGAGAUCGUCUUCAUUCCCAGCGGAUGGCACCACCAGGUUUAUAACCUGGAAGACACCAUUUCCAUCAACCACAACUGGGUCAACGGCUGCAACGUGGCCGUCAUGUGGUGCUUCCUGCAGGAUGAGCUGGCGGCCGUCCAGCGGGAAAUCAGCCAGUGGAAAGAACCCAUGGAUGACUGGCACCUCCAAUGCCAGCUGAUCAUGAAAUCCUGCACGGGCAUCGACUACAAGGAAUUCUACAACUUCCUCAAAGUCAUCGCGGAAAACCGGAUCUCCAUCUUGGAGAAGGGCCUGGAUGAGGAAUCCUCAUCCCAGAACAAUUCCAAAGCUGCCAUUUCCACCCUGGGAAUGCUGCACGCCGUCUUCGACCUCAAGAGGACGGUGAAGGUGCUGAGCUCGUUAAGCGCUAACGAGGAUUUCCGCAAGCUGGACCUGAGCUCCCUCUCUCCUUCUCCAGAGGCUCUGCUCCAGCACCUGGAAUCAGCCAUUGACACGGCCCUGCUCUGAAUUCCUGCUUUUCCAAGCUUUUUUCCAAAGGGUUGGAGGAAAUGGACCUGGAUAAGAGCUUUACAUCAGGAGGAGGAGGGAGAACAUUUGGGAAGGAGGGAGAACAUUCCCAAGUUCUGUGCGGUUUGAAGGAAUUAGAGAAAAAAUUCCAGCCAAAGGAAAAUCCCAAACUUCCUUAGGAUUCUGAGCAUUACUCAGGGAAAAAAUUCCCUAUGGAUCAAGUCUGGAAGUGGAAUGAAGCAAGUUCCCUGUGCUUAAGCUCAGCUUUGUUAAACCUCUCCUCUUCCAGGUGCAGCUCAGCUUCUCCAUCCUCUUUUUAGGGAAUUCCAGCUGGUGACGCUUCCAUGGAAGCCUGAGCUGGAGCCAGCACCUGGAAUCAGCCAUUGACACGGCCCUGCUCUGAAUUCCUGCUGUUCCAAGCUUUUUUCCAAAGGGUUUGGAGGAAACUGACUUGGAGAAGAGCUUUACUCCAGCAGGAGAGGGAGAACAUUUGGGAAGGAGGGAGAACAUUCCCAAGUUCUGUGCGGUUUGAAGGAAUUAGAGAAAAAAUCCCAGCCAAAGGAAAAUCCCAAACUUCCUUAGGAUUCUGAGCAUUACUCAGGGAAAAAAUUCCCUAUAAAUCAAGUCUGCAAGUGGAAUGAAGCAAGUUCCCUGUGCUUAAAUUCCAGUUUGGAAUUCCACUUUAGUGCCAGAAUUCCAGUUGGUGAAUUCCAUGGAAUUCCUGGAGCUGGAGACUGGAUUUGGGAAUGUUGAUUCCAUGUCUUCCAAAGCAGGAUUUCCAAAGCUGAGAAGCUCAGGAUAAAUUUCAUUAAUUAAACUUUGAGCCUUGACUCAUCCCAAUAAAAAGCAGGAACGGGAAUGUGCUCCCACAAUUCCAUGCUCCAUCCCAAGGCCCAGCAUUCCCUCCAGGAAAAAUGGGAUCCAGCAUUCCCUGCAUGGUUCCACAGCACAAUUCCCACCCGGAAUGCCACCGAAUAUUCCCACUGGAACAUCCCCCUCCUGCUUUUCCUUGGAAAAAAAAACCAAAAACUGGAAGCACAAAUGGCUGCACACUGUUACCUUCAGGCCUCACUUGAAUUCUUCCUGAAAUAAAAGCCAAGAAAAACUUGGAAUUUUGGGAAAUUUUAUGAAGUCCAGCUGAAAAUCCGCCUCGUUUUCCAGAGAAUUCCUUGGAAUUUUUACCCCCCCUGCACUUUGCAUGUCCUUUUCCUAGAGGAAAUUUGCAUUUUUUUCUUCAUUCCUAAAAAAUAUCAAGGAGCUGCUUUUCCUGUAUUUAGAAAAUUCCCAGAUUCCUGAAGACAGCAAAGAUUGGAAUAAAGAGUGCAUGGAGCCUGGAAUCUUCAAAAUUACAAGAGUUUUAUUUAAAUAAAAAUUCCUGGCAAACUUCCCAUGGAAUUCUCUCGUUAAUAUAUUAAUUAUUGUAAUUAAUCUGUUAUUUAUUAAAGGAUAAAAUUUGGGAAAUAUGGGGGGAAAAAGCCUGGGGGGUUUUGUUUUCUGGGAGUCACCUGGAUAAGGAAAAAAAAUUAUUGGGAAAAACAAUUCCUGAGAAAAAUGAAAAAAUCCCAAGGGAAAUAAAAU